GCAUUCGCAAGAACACCGCCUUCAAGUAUAAGAUAAAGGCGGAAACGCUCGGAGACGCGGACAACUGCACAAGUGAGCUAGAGAAGCCCAUGCGAAGGCGGAGCUUGUCGCCCAAGCACGAACACAGCAGUGCUCAGCAGCACGCAAGUGUACAUACAAGAACGAGGGGAAGAAGGGAGAGUACAAAGUGGGCAUACAGCAGCAGCACGCAAUUAGCUUUGAGGGGGUUGCAGCAGGUUGCGUAACGCCGGACUCGGGCGCCGGGCGUUUGCGUACGUCAGGCGCGAUCGCAAAUCAGAACAGCGGAGGAGAUACAUGGAGCGGCGGGUUGCAGAGUGCGACCAGGAGGAUGCUGCAAUGGACGCACAGGCCGUGGCUAUGUUCUCCACGCUAACGAAGGGGCAACACGUCACGCUGCUGGAGCCUCACGAGCAGCUACCCCCGGUGACUGAUGCACCCACGAGCGACAUCAGCGCGGCCGACCCUCCGGAGGUUCUCGCCGCACACGCAGCGGCCGCGGUGUGACCCUCAGCAAACCGGUCCAUGCAUGUUGGCAUGUUUGCGGUCUCGGUGCAUGAAUCAACAGUGUUUUAUCACCCAGUUAAGGUGGCACAAGGCCGCUCUGCGAUGAUAAAAAAUCUCUCGUCGGGGCAGCACGGUCGGUGUUUUCGUCUAAUAAGUAGGUAGAUAUACAUGGCUGUUUGUGAUUCUUUCUCUAACCAACGACACCGUUA